AUGGCCGUCGCACGCUCGAUGCGCCGUACGAGUCCCAUCAGCCUCGUGUUGGCUGCCCUGCUUGCCUUUGGCUUCAUUGUUUUCAUGCUAUCACCUUCCACGCCCUCCGUCUCCGCAUCCGCAUCCGCCGUGUCCUCGCAACAUCGCCAGGAAGACGCUGCCGAACAUCCUCUCUCCCCACCAACAAAGCCCUUCCUCAAGUCCCAGGCUGUGCGCAGCAAUGGCCUUCAGGCUGCCCCGCCAGUCGUCCACUAUAACCUCAACAACCUGACCAGUUCGGGCAACGCAAUAGCCAACCGCGAGCGGAUCCUCAUCCUCACCCCGCUAGCCCGCUUCUACCAAGGAUACUGGGAUAACCUGGUCAAACUGAGCUACCCACACGAGUUGAUCUCGCUGGGCUUCAUCGCACCCAAGACGAAAGACGGAAACGCCGCAGUCGCCGCGCUAGAAAAGGCCAUCCACACGACGCAAUCAGGACCCAUCGAUAACCGCUUCGCAAGCAUAACCAUUCUCCGCCAGGACUUCGAGCCGCCCCUCCAAUCGCAGGACGAGAAAGUCCGGCACAAAAUGUCCGCGCAAAAAGAGCGCCGCGAGUCCAUGAGUCGCGCUCGUAAUAGUCUCGUCUUCACCACAAUGGGGCCGAGUACCUCGUGGGUUCUCUGGCUGGACGGGGACAUCGUCGAGACACCCUCGACUCUCAUCCAGGAUCUUACAAAACACAAUCAACCCGUUAUCGUACCGAACUGCUACCAACGAUACUAUGACUCGAAUUCCAAGAAAUGGGAUAUCAGGCCGUACGACUAUAACUCGUGGAUUGAUAGCGAGACAGCUCAAGAUCUAGCUGCGCAGAUGGGUCCCGACGAGAUCCUGCUGGAAGGUUAUGCGGAGAUGCCUACCUACCGCACGCUAAUGGCCUACUUGCCUAAUUUCAGUGCCCUAGAUCCGCACCGUACGGUCGCGCUGGAUGGUGUCGGCGGUACCGCGCUCAUGGUUAAAGCAGACGUUCACCGCGACGGUGCCAUGUUCCCCGCUUUCCCGUUCUUCCAUCUUGUCGAGACGGAGGGCUUUUCGAAGAUGGCUAAGCGGUUGGGGUAUGCCGUCUCUGGACUGCCGGAUUAUUUCGUCUAUCAUUAUAAUGAGUAA